AUUGGUGUGUCACCGCCUCUGUAGUGAAGAAGGAGUGGUGACAGGAUUUAAAUAAGAGCCGAACGUUCCCUGAAUUCAUCAACACAAACACAGACGUCCGUCAGAGACAGAGCUGAACUUCACUCAGAGACUCAGAAAUGUCUAGAUUUGACCCCACCAGCGCAAAUGCAGCUGUGGCCACGACCUCAUCUGCGUCUGCAGCAGCUGCUGCUCCAGACUCUCUUCUGACGGUGCGCUCCGUCGACCUCCUGAAGUCCAAGGAUGGGCCGAAUCGACGUGAACAUCGCACAGACGCUUACGUCAGCGACAAGCUGAUCGUCCGCAGAGGACAGACCUUCCAGAUGUGGAUCGAGCUCUCCAGACCUUUCAACCGCAAAUCAGACAACCUGCAACUGCAGCUGAAUUCCUUCGUUACUACUGGGAUCCGCAUCUCCGUUCCGUUAGUGGACGAACUGGAAGACAGACGCUGGGAGAUGAAGAUAGUUGAGCAGAAGGACAACCGGAUCCGGCUGUCGGUCAACACCCUGCCGACCGCCUCCAUCGGCCGCUACAUGAUCACCGUCGAGUCCUUCUCGCCGAAGGGGAAGCUGUUGUUCCCCUGCACCCCGAAUGACCUGUACCUGCUCUUCAACCCCUGGUGUGAAGCUGAUCCUGUGUUUUUGGAUAAUGAGGCGGAAAGAAAAGAGUAUGUUCUGAACAGCAUGGGCAGAAUUUAUUACGGAACCGAAAGGCAAAUUGGAGCCAGAACAUGGAAUUAUGCCCAGUUUGAGCAGGAUAUCCUGGAAGCGUGUCUGUUCCUGUUGGAAAGGGGUCGGGUCGCCAUGACCGAAUGGAGAGAUCCGGUGAUCGUGUCCAGGAUGAUCUCUGCUCUGGUGAACUCUAAUGAUGACCGAGGUGUGCUGAUGGGUAAUUGGUCGGACAGCUAUGUAGGCGGGACAGCGCCCACCGCCUGGAGUGGGAGCGGAGACAUCCUGAGACAGUUUUUCAAGAGUGCAGGAAAUCCGGUCAAAUUCGCCCAGUGCUGGGUCUACGCUGGAGUCACGACAUCCGUGUUGAGAUGUCUCGGUAUUCCGACUCGUUGUGUGAGCAACUUCAGCUCCGCCCACGACACAGAUCUUUCCUUGACCACAGACAUUUAUAUUGAUGAAAAGCUGGAAUUAAUUAAAGACUUGACCGACGAUUCUGUCUGGAACUUCCACGUGUGGAAUGAGUCGUGGAUGACCCGACCAGACCUGCCGUCAGGUUACGGUGGGUGGCAGGUGGUGGAUGCGACCCCUCAGGAGCCCAGCCAGGGUUCGUACCGCUGCGGUCCCACACCCGUAUCUGCAGUCCGCAAUGGACAAGUCGACCUGAAAUUCGACACUCCGUUCGUCUUUGCUGAGGUGAACAGUGAUAGAAUCUACUGGCAGAAGAAACCCGAUGGAAGUUUCAGUCAGAUCAGCGUGGAGAAGAACUCCAUCGGCCAGCGCAUCAGUACCAAAGCUGUGGGAUCAGAAGAGCGCAUGGACAUCACACACCUCUACAAAUACCCAGAGGGUUCGGAAGAGGAACGCAUCGCUGUGGAAACGGCCAGUCGCUUCGGCUCCAAGCCAACUCUGUACCCAUCACCCACCGACAACGACGUGAGCGUUGAGAUCGUCAUAGACGGGGCAGGACCUCGUAUCGGUGAAGACGCCAAACUCUCCAUCGUCCUGAAGAACAAGAGCUCAAAGCAGCGCACGGCCAGUCUGCUGUAUGAGGUUCUGGUCAUGUACUACACUGGAGUGCUGAAAACCACCGUGAAGAAGGACCAGAUUCCUGUCGACCUCAAACCGCAAGAGACCAAGACUAUUCCCUGGACUCUGCAGUAUAAGGAGUACAUGAGUCAUCUGGUGGAUCAGGGCGCUCUGAUGCUCACGCUCACCGGACGGGUCAAUCAGACCAAACAGAUUCUGGCCACACGGUUCAACUUCAGACUGCGCACACCAGACCUCAUCAUCACUCCUGUAGAUAGCGCUGUGGUGGGUAAAGAGUUGACAGUCAAGAUCACGUUCCAGAACCCGCUGUCACAAGUGUUGAGGAACGUUUUGUUCCGGAUAGAGGGAUUGGGAAUGCAGAGCGUCAGAAAGAUUGCAUAUGGUGAUGUGGAGAAGCUAGCGACGGUUACACUGAUGGAGAAGUUUGUUCCCACCGUCUCCGGCUCUCAGAAGCUCCUGGCAUCGAUGGACUGUCGUCAGCUCACUCAGGUUCACGGAUUCACCGAUAUUGUGGUCAAACCAAAGUGAAAAACUCUUUCAUUGUGAAGUAAUAAUAAUUCAGUAUUUUCAUUCACAACUGAUGAAAGUCAACAAUAAAGACCCUAUUUUAUUCAUA